UAAGACAAAGGCGUCUUCUGAUUGCAUUGCUUUCGUUUGGGUCUGUGGGGGAUUAGUCACUUCAACUUCAAUAUUCGCGAACGUAAUACAAUCCAACUGAUAAGAAACAUAAACAAUUAUUGAGUGUACCACACAUACAUACACACACAAGUACAUAAAGACGGAAGUGUAUCACACAGUUGGUCAAUUGUUUAUUCAUCUUUUCUCAUUCGCAAUCAAACGACAAUGCACGCUGUGAUGGCAAAACGUCUGCUGCCCCAUGAGCCAUCUGUGGACGUGGAUGCCGAAAAUCCGGCGGAUGAUUCCGACAGUCCUGCGAUCGAAGCUGCCGCCUUGGACAUUCCCCCGCCCCCUCAGGCUAUGGAUCAGACGCAACAGAAAGCACUCUGGGAGCGCAUAUCAGAUCCAGCCAGAUUUAAUCCCGUUGAUGAGGGCACAAAGCUGCGUUUUGAGAUUCUGAUGGCGCACAUAAUGCCCCGAGAGGGCGAUGAUCCAAAGAUCAAGCGUUAUGUUGUGUACGAGCUGACGGUGCGUCGAGAUUCCAACGUGAUGGAUGCACAACCCGUCAAGAUCGAGCGUCGCUAUACGGACUUUCGUGAGCUAUAUCAAUGCUUGAAGCGAGAGCAUCCCAAUGAGUUAAGCAACUUGACCUUUCCCAACAAAGUGCUUAUGGGCAAUUUCUCCUCGGAGCUGAUUGGUGAACGUAGCGAGGCAUUUGAGGCGUUUCUCACGCGUAUCGACGAGCAGACAAAACUACGGGACUCAAAUGCCUUUCUGCGAUUUCUGCAGCACGAGGAGCUGACGAAGGCGUGUCAGUUUUUGGAUGAGCGCCGCAAUGAGAUGGCCAUUCCAAUACUCGAGAACUGUUUCCUUCUGCUCAACAAAGUCUACAUGAAUCGUUCACGACCUGUUGUCUUAAUACUCUGUCGUCUGGUGGCCGCCUGCACAGUGUCCCCGGUGCCACAUCAUUCGGCGAAAAGUUGGGCUGAUUUGGCACUAAGUCGUUUCGAGCAUCUCUGUGAUAUUGAUCUGUUGCCGCUGUACAUUCCCCUGCUGCACACCUGUGUCCACUUGUGGUGGCAACGUGGACUGGAUCAGACGCUGAUCACAAACCGCCUGACGAAUAUGUCCAAGCAGGGUAUCAACACUGCGAAUACAACCAGCCUUAUACAGGCCAUUCAUAAGCUCGAUCCGCGCACCGAGACCAUCUGAAACACAUGCAUGCACGUGUAUAUAUAUACAACCCACAUAUAUCUAUAUAUAAAACAUACUCGUAGCUAAGCUGAAAGUGCAAUUAGUAAAUUUAUCGUGCAAUUAGUAUUAAUAAUAUUUAAUUUUGCUCGAAAACUUUUUUUCGUCAGGUUUUUGUAACGCCUUAACGCCUUUCGUUUUGUAAUUUCUGUUACGUUUAUGCGUUGUGCCUUAUCGUGAUUAUCUGUUGUCCAAUAUAAUUGUUUAAAUUUAACAUUCCCCCUUUAAGCUUUUAAUAAUUUAUAUAAAAUUUAAAAUAAGAAAUCA